ACUAAUCCAUCUUAUUCCUCUUUCUUCAACAAUUGCUUGGUUUUGAUAUUGGUGGAGAUAGAGAUAGCAUCCAUGGAAAUGUCUAGAGGAAGCAACAGUUUUGACAGUAAGAAGCCUAGUUGCCAGAGAGGUCACUGGAGACCUGUUGAAGACGACAAUCUCCGGCAACUCGUGGAACAGUACGGUCCCAAGAACUGGAAUUUCAUUGCUCAACAUCUCUAUGGGAGAUCAGGGAAAAGUUGUAGAUUGAGAUGGUAUAACCAACUCGAUCCGAACAUCACCAAGAAUCCUUUCACCGAGGAGGAAGAAGAGAGACUGCUUAAGGCUCAUCGGAUCCAGGGGAAUCGUUGGGCCUCUAUAGCUCGACUGUUCCCUGGGAGGACCGACAACGCUGUCAAGAACCAUUUUCAUGUAAUCAUGGCCAGACGCAAACGCGAAAACUCCUCUUCCAUGGCUACUUCAACGUCCAACCAAACCUUGCAUAAUGUUUUGAGUCCUAUUUCUACUGUAACAAGGCUUAAUAGAUCCCAGUUUGGGCUAUGGAGGUAUCAAAAGAAUAAGAGUCGCGGUCUCUGGCCUUACUCUUUUGUUCCAGCCCCUCGAGAUGAUGAGUUUGGAUCUUCCUCGGUGUCUAACAUCCGCCACGAGAUUUAUCUUGAGAGAAGAACGUCGAAAGAGUUGGUGGAUCAUCACAAUCACACAUUUCACGGAGCAACAGAAGAUCAUAACAAGACUUCAGGUGAAGAUGGACCAUCUAAGGGAAAUGAUGUUGGGAAGAACAAUGUUACUUUCAUUGAUUUUCUUGGUGUCGGAUUAACUUCUUAGGUUGUUAUAUCACAUCUUUAGCGAUUUUUAAGGUUUAACUCAUUAGGGUUAGCUAUCAUUUUCAGCCUUUUGCUUCCUUAAAACUCUCAUACUGAUCUUCUAUCAAUUACAACCCUCGUUUUCCAUCCAUUCAAAAUCUAUAUCAUAUACUUAAUUAGGUGUCUAGUAGUCUAUUUAUAUUUGUGUAUCACAUGUACUUAAAUUGGUACAUAUAUAUAUAUUCACGUACGUAUACAUAUUCGUAUGUGGGUGCAUGUUUGUGUUUAUAUGUUUAUGCAUGGUUAGUAUAUUGCAUGGUUUGCUGUCUUAUACAGAACCAUAUAUAUAUAUGUAUAGCAAACAUUAUAGGGCGUAGAUUUACAUAUUUGGUGUACUAUUUACCAAAUAACUAUUGUAUUGUGAAACUUGACUUGUGCGUCUAUAUGUGAGAGCUUGAAUGAUCAGGAAGCAUAUGUACGUUAUAUGGUAUUGGGCAAAGGAUAAUUAAUCAUUUUCUUGUCUGCUUGUUCAACGAACGUGCUUAAAACCAAAUUAUAUAUAUAGAUUACUAUCCGCUGCGGUCAUCUAAUUUCUUUUCGACUGUUAAUAUAUUACCGGAACAAUUAGCAUUAAAACUAUGCAAGU